CCCCUCCGUCUCUCUCCCUCCUCCCCCGUCUCUGUCUCAUUCCCCCCCCUUCUCCUCCCCCAGCACGGGAUUGUGGGAGGAAGCGGGGCGGACAGAGACACCCAGCGAACAUGGCUGCACCAUGAUCCGCCUCGCCAGCGGCCGCCGCCUCCCGCAGCCCCAGCGCCAGCGCCGCCAGCCCGGGGCCUGAGCCAGCCAGGCGGGCGGGCCCCGGCCGGGGGCAGCGGAGGGCGCAGCGGCGGGGGGACCCCCCCCCUCCGGCAGCUCCCCCCUCCCGAGCCCCCCCUCCCCGCCGAGCCCCCCCCCCCCCCGCCCCUGCAGGGGACGCGCCGGGGCGCACAGGCCGAGGCGCGGCACCUGGGGGCCCCCGGGGCGCGCGCCCUGCGCCCCCCCGCCGCCGGCCCCAUGGACAGGAACUACCCCAGCGCCGGCUUCGGGGACCCGCUGGGCGCCGGCCCGGGAUGGAGCUACGAGCGCUCGGCCAAAGCCAGCCUGGUGUACGGCGGGUCCCGGACGUCCCAUCCGGACACGGAUAUUCUGCACCGCCAGGCCUACGCCGCCCCCCACCCCCUGCAGGGCUACGCCACGAACCACCACCCCGCAGGUCUCUCGGGGCUCUUCGAGACCGGACUCCAUCACGCCAGCAGCGCCACCCCCGAUGCCUCCGUCAUGAACCUCAUCUCGGCGCUGGAGUCGCGGGCCCCCCAGCCCGGCCCCUCGGCCUCCUCGCUGCUCUCCCAGUUCCGCACCCCCUCCUGGCAGACAGCCAUGCACACGCCGGCCCCGGCUGAGCUCUUCAUCUCGGGCGCCAUCCCCGGCUCGGGCACCUUCCCGUCGUCCUCGGCGCUGUCGGCCUACCAGCACCCGGCCUCCUUCAGCGGGCGCAGCUUCCCGGUCAGCUCCUCGCUCAGCCUGCCGGACGCCGCCUUCAGCCCCAGCUCCAACGGGCUGCUGUCCCCGCACGACCCGCUGCUGCACAUCAAACCCUCCCAGGCCAGCGUGCCCUCCUCCCUGAGCUUCGACCGGCUAGGCAGCGCCGUGCUGGGCACCGGGCUGCCCUCCCAGAGCUCGGCCUACCGCAGCGCCCAGGAGUCGGCCUCCCGCCACCUGCCCUCCCAGUUCAACCUGCUCUCGUCCUCCCUGGGGCCCCCCUCGGACCAGUCCUCGCAGCUGUACAACGCCUCCGUCUUCUCCAGCUCGCCCGCCGCCUCCAUGGAGCGGGCCAUGCCCCGGCAGGACAGCGUCAUCAAACACUACCAGCGGCCCUCCAGCACCCAGCCCCAGCUGCCCGCCGCCCACUCCCUGCAGCACUACUUGAGCUGCGGGGGCAGCUACCAGCAGAUGUCCCACCGCGCCGGCCUCUCCUGCAGCCCGCUGGGCGAGCCCUCGCCCGCCGGCUCCGAGGGCUCCCAGAAGCCGCCGCAGGCCCCCCGCCAGGAGCCGGGGCAGAGCUACCGGCCCAUCAUCCAGUCGCCCGGCUACUCGGGCGCCGCGGCCGGCUCCUCCUCCAAAUCCAAGAGCUACUCGGCCUCCCGCCAGACCCCCCGCUCCACCGCCACCCCCAAGUGCCAAAGCAGCUUCUCCGUCUCCGUCGCCAAGCCCAGCUCGGUCAUCGCCAGCCAGUCCCAGGCCUACUCUCCCGGCCAGCCCCAGAGCCUGCUGUCCAUGAGCCAGCCCCAGAGCUACGCCGUGAGCCAGCCCCAGAGCCUCUCCUCCGUCAGCCAGGCCUCCCAGUUCAGCGGCAGCCAGGCUCAGGACCUGACCAGCGUCAGCAAGGCGCAGAGCUACGGGACGGGGCAGGCCCAGCCCGGGGGGCAGGGCGGGCAGGCCGGGCAGGGGCUGCAGCCCUGCGUGAGCCAGAGCCAGGCCUACUCCCCGGAGCAGCUGCAGGGGCUGUCGACGGUGGGCUACAGCGUCCAGGCCGAGCCCCACGUCUCGGUGAGCCAGACCCCCAGCUACGGGCCGGCCCACUCCCAGGGCAUGCCCACCGCCAGCCCCUCGCUGAGCUACAGCACCGGCCACUCGCCCGCCAUGCCCAGCCACCCGCAGCCCAUCGGCUACGCCCACGGGCAGAGCCUCCCCGACUCCAGCCCGUCGCAGAUCGGCCGGCCCCUGCAGUCGCCCACGGCCGCCCGGCCCCAGAGCGUGAACUCGCCUGGCCAGUCCCAGAAAUACCUGACGUCGGUGCUGUCGCCUUCCUUCCUGCAGCCGGCGCACGGGCAGAGCUACCCGGGCGUGGAGCGGGCGGCCUCCUACGGCAAGGCCAAGGCCGAGUCGGACCUGCUGGCGGCCGAGCGGGCGGAGGACGAGGAUUUCCUCAUUCAGCACCUGCUGCAGUCCCAGACGCCGCCCCCCCGGGGGCCGGCCGAGGGGCUGGUGCAGUGCGAGGAGCGGGGGGGCAAGGGGCUGGCCUACGGGGGGCUCAGCAAGUCGGAGGAACGAUACCACCUGCAGAGCGUCAUCCGCACCAACUCCAGCCUGGACAGCCAGGGCCUGGAGCUCUCCCUGCAGGGCCUGAAGGAGAAGAAGAAAGGGGAGCGGCCCCACGCCCGCUCCACCCCAGAAGCGCUCGCCACCUCCGUGGUGCAUUACAGCCACCAGGCCGGCUCCAUGGAGAGCUACGCCCAGGACAUGAAGAAGUCGGUGGAGCACCUGCAAGCCGGGGCCAAGGACCUGGGCCAGGCCCACUCCUACCUGCAGAAGACCCCCGAGCACGGCCCCCAGCCCCACCGCAUGGUGGGCGAGCCCCCGCCUAUGGAGCUGCUGCCCGGCCAGCAGGGGGCGCCGCUCCUGCUGGACUCGUCCCCCGACCUGCCCCAGCUCUCCCUGCCCCCGCCCCAGCAGCAGCAGCAGCAGUCCCAGCUGCUGCAGUCGGUGCUGACUCACACCCAGAGCCAGCUGCAUCCCCGGGCCAAGGUGCACCUGCUGGAGCCCCAGCGCCUCCACCCGCCCGAGCCCCCCUCGCCCCAGCUCCAGCUGCAGGCCCUGGAGGCCCACCUGCACCAAGCGCACGUGCGCUCGCAGGGCCUGGACCCCCAGCAGUCGCCCCAGCUGCAGGGCCAGCUGCAGGCCGAGAACAUGGAGGUGCUGGGCCAGUCCCAGGAGAUCCAGGACUUCCUGGAGCCUGACCUGAGCCUGGAGUCCCACCUGGGCCAGGGCGGGGCCGGCCUGGAGCCCGACUCCUCCCAGCAGGUGCCCCAGGCCCAGCUGGAGGCCAAGGACCAGUUUGAGAGCCCCAGCCCGCAGGGCUCCAAGCAGCGCUUCGUGCCCCUCACCUCCAUCUGCUUCCCGGACUCACUGCUGCAGGACGAGGACCGCAGCUUCUUCCCCGGCAUGGAGGACAUGUUCGGGCCGGGGGCCUGCGGCCCCGACGACUUCCCCAAGCCGGGCUGCGGGGAGGACGAGCCCCCCAGCCUGGAGCGGGCCGAGGGCCUGAAGGGCGGGGCCGGCGGCUAUGACAUGCUGCCGGCCGGCCAGGGCUACCAGGGCUACUGCCCCGGCGAGGGCGGGGACGGAUCCCACCUGGCCAUGGAGCCGGUCAAACACGAGCUGCCCUCCACCGUCAACGCCGAGCCCCUGGGGCUGAUCCAGGCGGGCCACGGCGGGCCGGAGGGGGCUGCCAAGCCGGGCCUCACCUCCCCCAUCUUCUGCUCCUCCAAGCCCAAGAAGCUGCUGAAGACCACCUCCUUCCACCUGCUCAAGAAGCGGGACCCCCCGUUCCAGCCCCCCAAGAAGGCCUACGCCCAGGAGUACGAGUUCCAGGACGACGAGGACAAGGCCGACGUGCCGGCCGACAUUCGCCUGAACAGCCGGCGCCUGCCCGACCUGCUGCCCGACCUCAUCUCCAGCUGCCGGACCCGGCCCAGCCUCGGCCCCAUGGGCGACAUCGACUUCUGCCCCCACCACAGCGCCGCCGACGGCCCCAAGAAGCGGGGCCGCAAGCCCACCAAGCCCAAGCGGGACGGGCCCCCCCGGCCUCGUGGCCGGCCCCGCAUCCGGCCCCUGGCCGAGCCCCACGGCGUCCUGCCCCCUGACGGGGCCAAGAAGCCCCGGGGCAGGGGGCGGGGGCGGGGGAAAAAGGGGGGCGAGGAGGGGGGCGAAGGAGGGGCUGGCGUGGAGCCCCUCAAGCCGCUCAAGAUCAAGCUGGCGGUGCCCAAGGGCGGCGAGGGGGCCCCGGCAGAGCCGGCCCCCUCCGGGCCGGCGCCCCCCGAGGCCGGGCUGGACAGCAGCCAGACGCGGGAGAAGAUCAAGGCGAAGAUCCGGGAGGUGGAGGAGAAGCAGCCGGAGAUGAAGUCGGGCUUCAUGGCCUCCUUCCUGGACUUCCUCAAGUCGGGCAAGCGGCAGCAGCUGCCCACGGCCGCCACCAGCCCCCCCAAGACCCCGCGGCCCCCCGCGGCCCAGCCCCCCUUCGGCCUGGCGCCCCCCCUGCUGCCGGGGGCGCUGGACGGGGCCGAGGGCGAGGGGCUCGUCAUGAGCUGCACCAGCCCCUGCAAGCGGCUGGACGAGGAGCUGAAACGCAACCUGGAGACGCUGCCCUCGUUCUCCUCCGACGAGGAGGACUCCGUGGGCAAGAACCAGGACCUGCAGAAGAGCAUCUCCUCCGCCAUCUCCGCCCUGGACGACCCGGCCGAGCGCAAGGAGGGCGACGGGGCCGACGCCCCCGCGGCGGAGGAGAAGCUGCCCAGCCCGGCCCCCUCCGAGGCUUCCCAGCAGGAGCCCCCCCCAGCCGCCUCCCCGGCCUCGCCCCCCGAGCCCCCCCCGCCGCCCCCCGUGGGGCCCCCGGCCCAGGCCUCCCCUGAGCUGGAGGAGCCGGAGGACGCGCGGCCCCUGCACCUGGCCAAGAAGCAGGAGACGGCAGCCGUGUGCGGCGAGACGGACGAGGAGGAGGCCGAGAGCGGAGGGGAGGGGAUCUUCCGGGAACGCGACGAGUUCGUCAUCCGCGUGGAGGACAUCCAGGCCCUCAAGCUGGCGCUGCAGACGGGCCGGGAGCCGCCCCCCAUCUGGCGGGUGCAGAAAGCCCUGCUGCAGAAAUUCACCCCCGAGAUCAAGGACGGGCAGCGGCAGUUCUGUGCCACCAGCAACUACCUGGGUUAUUUCGGGGACGCCAAGAACCGCUACCAGCGUCUCUACGUGAAGUUCCUGGAGAACAUCAACAAGAAGGAUUACGUUCGCGUCUGCUCGAAGAAGCCCUGGCACCGGCCGCUGCAGGCUGUGAGGAGACAAAACCAGCCCAAGACUUCGGGCCCCAAGGUCCCGGCCCCGCCCAAGGCCGAGAAGCAGCCGGAGGCGUCGGAGCGGGCGGAGAAGCCGGAGAAGGGCCCCAAGCCGGAGAAGGGCCCCAAGCCGGACAGGCCCCCCAAGGCGGAGCGGGCCGAGAAGCCGCCCCGGGCGGAGAAGCCGGCCAAGGCCGACAAGGCCCCCAAAGCAGAGAAGCCGGAGCCCCCAGCGCCUGCCCCCCCCAAGGCCAGCCCGGCUGGUGGCCCCAAGCCCAAGCCCAAGCCCGCCAAGGUGAAGGCGGAGCCGCCCCCGAAGAAGAGGAAAAAAUGGCUGAAGGAAGUGGCGUCCUCCUCGGACUCGGAGUCCAGCCCGGAGCAGCAGAGCGAGGAGGAGGAGCGAGUGCCGAUGGGCCGGGUGUUGAACACGCGGGCGAUGAAGGAAAUGUACCGGAGCUACGUGGAGAUGCUGGUCAGCACGGCCCUCGACCCCGACAUGAUCCAGGCCCUGGAGGACACCAACGACGAGCUGUACCUGCCCCCCAUGCGCAAGAUCGACGGGAUCCUGAACGACCACAAGAAGAAAGUCCUGAAGCGGGUGUCACUGCACCCGGCGCUGCAGGAGGCGCUGCACACCUUCCCACAGCUGCAGGCGGAGCCGGGCGAGGCGCUGGUGAGGCUGCGCCCCACGGGGCAGCCCUACAACCGCAAGACCCUCAACAAGCUGAAGAAGAGCGUGUCCAAACCCCAGGAGUUCAAGGUCGAUGUGGAAAAGUCGUUUUUCUUCACCCUGUACCAUUCCCUCCAUCACUACAAAUAUCACACCUUCCUGCGCUGCAAGGACGAGACGUCGGCCAUCGAGGGGCAGGACGCGGACCUGGGCCAGGAGGAGGUGGUCCAGCAGUGCAUGCGGAACCAGCCCUGGCUGGAAAAGCUCUUUGACUCCUUCAGCGACCUCCUGACACAAGCCCAGACCAAGUGCGCGUGACCCCCCCUCUCCCACGGCGCAGGCCCCGCCCCCCGGGCCGGGGAGGGCUUUGGACCGAGGGCCCGGGGGGGGGCGCAUUGGGGGUCCCGCUCCCCACCCCCCCGUUGGUGGUGGUGAUCUCCAGGACAGACCCCCCCACACCCACCUUGGCUUGGGGUGGCUGUGGCCCUGGGGGGGGAGGAACAUGCCCAGAGGUGAGGGUGGCCCUGGGGUCUAUGGGCCUGCCCCCCCCGGUUCCCCCUCCCAUACAGAGAAAUUUUAUUUAUAUAUAUAUGUAUAAAUGUCUAUUUAGCAGCUUCCUUUCUCUGUAUGGGGAUGGGGGGAGCCCCCCCCCCCCCCCCCCGCCCCCGCGGCUGGGGAAGCCCACAGGGCAUAGCGGGGACUGGUGAGAGAAGGGGGUGGGUGAUGGGUUAGGGAACCAGGACUCCUGGGUUCCUUCCCCAGCUCUGGGAGGGGAACAGAGUCUGGGGCGGGGGGGAGUCGGGAACCCGGACUCCUGGGUUCCGUGCUUAGCACACCCACUUUGUCCCGUCGGUCCCCCGUUUUUGCCCACCCUCCCCCUGCAGCAGGGAAUUGGCUAGUCAGGGGACGACCGAAGGCAACCCCCCCCCGCCUCCCCCAUGGCAUGGCCAGGCCCCCUCCCCAAUUCCCCCCCCCAUGCGGUGGUCUGGCUCCCCACUCAGAGCUAUUUAUUGCCAAGCCCAGGGGAGGGGAGCCAGCCCCCCCCCCCCCGAGUAUAGCCCCCCAUCUGGGGGGGAGACUCACGGGGGGGCAGCCAAUGAGUCCAUGUGCUUCCCCCAGGGCAGGUGGGGGCAGAUUCCACGUACCCCCCUCCAUGACUAUUUAAUCCUUCUCUUAGGCCGUGUUUUGGGGGGCCGGGGGGGGGGUUCGUCCCCCCUUCGGGGCGGGGGGGCGGGGGUUGUUAUUUUUGUCGUUGUGUGUUUUUGUUUUGUUUUUUUAUCAGCGGAUUUUCUUGUACAUAAUGUAUAGGGUCAAAGUCUAUGUAUCAUAUUGUAUUUGGCUAACGGACACCCCCGCGGAGCCCCCCCAGACCUCCCCCCAUCCCCCCCUUAGCUGGGAACUUCUUCAGCUUGGAUGAACUUUGGGGGCAGGGUCUGAGUUUUGGGGCAUCGUUAUUAUAAUAAUUAUAUAGACAAUUUGCGGGGGGGGGGGGUUUAGGCCCCAAUCCCCCCCCCCCACCCUAAACUGAAUUUUUUUAACCCUGGAUACAAAAUCCAGCCUAGAUUAGUGAGAUUUGGUCAGGGCUCUUCCCACCCCCCAGAACCCCCCAUUUUCCAGCCUCUCACCCCCCCUGCAGCCUCUCUCCACCCCUGUGGACUAGAUCUAGGAGGGGGGAUGGGCUGCCUGUGGACCCCCCCGCCCCCGUGGCCUCCUCCCCACUUUCUGGGGGGGACUCAAGGUACUUUGUGGGGAGGGGGGUUGCCCCAGACUGGGAGCUGAAUUGGAGCCCUGCCCCUCGGGGGGAGCCCUGUACUCCUUCCCCUGGCCCCCACCCCCAGGGAGUCCCCCCUACAAAUCCUGCUGGAUUUUUUAAAAAUUCAUUCUUUGAUCCCUCUUGGGUUUGGGGGGGAGAAAGGGGGGAUUCCUUGACUCACCCCCUUUUUGGGGGCACCCCCCUUUCUGCUAUUGAUCCUUUGGGAUCAGUUGUUGCUGGCCCUGGGAUAUUCCAUGCCACCCCCAAAUCUCGGGGUGGGGGGGACAGCCCCAAACCAGCUUCCUUCUCCCCCAGCUGAGAGGGGAUUCCAGCACCCCUGGUGAGGGAGAAUUUGGGGUGAUUCCCCCCCCAUCCAGCACCCUGGUGUCUCUAGUGUCUUGGGGAGGGGGCUGUGGCCAUCGAGGGGGCCCCCAGUCCCAUGCUCUGUAGCCCCCGGGGAGAGGGCACAGCCAGGACACCCCCAAUACUGGAACCCAUGCUAAAGCACUAAACUGUAUUUGUGGGGUGGGGUACCCCAGAGCUGGCCAAACUCCAGGUACCCUGAAGCGUGGGGAGCUGUGAGACCCCCACCCUGCCCCGGAGCUAACCCUUUGUUCUAAGCCCCCCUCCCCCCAAUCCCGCCCCCCCCCCCCCCCCAGCCCCCUCUUUUUUACGCUGUGUACUCUGUGUCCGUGGGUUUUGCGGCCGGGAAUGUGGUCUGUAUGGAUGUUCCGAUAUAUUUUUAUUGUUUA